GAGGAGGAUGAGGAGGAAGAGGAGAUGGACGUGGAUGCUGGCAAGAAGUUGCCCAAGCGCUACGCCAAUCAGCUGAUGCUGUCAGAAUGGCUGGUCGAUGUUCCCUUGGAUCUGGAGCAGGAGUGGGUUGUAGUGGUGUGUCCUGUUGGGAAAAGGGCGCUAGUCGUGGCAUCCAGGGGCACAACAGCAGCUUACACCAAGAGCGGCUUCUGUGUCAACAGGUUCCCAUCCCUGCUGCCAGGGGGGAACCGCCACAAUUCAACGAGCGAGAAAGUGUACUGCAUCUUGGACUGCAUCUACAACGAGGCAAAGCAGACGUACUAUAUCCUCGAUGUGAUGUGCUGGAGAGGACACCCUGUUUACGACUGUCAGACCGACUUCAGAUUCUUCUGGCUUUCCUCAAAGAUCCAAGAGGAGGAAGGGCUGGGAGAGAAAAGCAGGAUUAAUCCGUUCAAAUUUGUGGGCCUGCAGAACUUCCCCUGCUCCUCGGACAGCCUGUGUAAGGUGCUGGCUACGGACUUCCCCUUUGAGGUUGAUGGACUUCUCUUCUAUCACAAGCAGACCCACUAUACCCCUGGCAGCACCCCGCUGGUGGGCUGGCUGCGGCCCUACAUGGUCCCCGAAAUCCUGGGGCUGGCCGUGCCCGCCACUGCGCUCACAGCCAAACCGGACUAUGCUGGGCAUCAGCUCCAGCAGAUCAUUGAGAGCAAGAAGAAUAAAAAGCUGGCAGCGGAAAAGGGUGACCCGAGCAGCACGGCGGCUGUGAGGAACGGACAUUAUGAGCUGGAACACUUGUCUACCCCCCAGCCAGCAAACUCUCUGGGAGGCCAGGACGAAGCAGUGAGCCAGAUGGAGAAUUAGGCUGCUGGGACAGACUGGUUGGGUAAGGAGAGAGCAAAAGGCUCCCUGCUUCCCACUGGUGCUCACACUCCCUGAGAGGGGGCAAAGGUGUAAUGAUAGGAUGGUUUUGUUUAAAGGGCACAAAAGUGGAAUAUCUUGCUCCAAGUGCCACUGGAUUUUUU